GGAACCGCAAGAAAAUUCUAUGAAAACGCACACCCAUCUCGACCACCGUCCUUGAGAAGAAUAUCUCCUUCCCGUCUGACGGCAGAACACGCCUCCGUCUGCUGGUUUGCUUGUGGUUCGUUAAGUGCCUCUUUUUCCUCCUCUCCUUUUUCAAGGUUUCCUUCCUCCUUGAAUUCGACAUCACACACACGCACCAACAUUAUACACCCUAAAGCCAAUGUCGUCGUAUUCGGCGGGUUCAACGAGCGCGGCAGCGACUCCGCGGCAGGCAAAGAGUCAGCACGCAAGUCCCACCCCUGCCAACACGGCACCAUCCAACUUCCACACCGUCACGUGCGUUACCUGGUCCGCCUCCGGCCGCAACAUCGGCGUCGGCACGCCGGACGGAUUCCUCGUUUACAGCACGGAGCCGCUUGUCAGUACGCUGAGCGGGGCGUCGCUCGGCUCCACGCCCCUUCCCCAAAUCAGCGGCCGGGCGGAGACGGAGGAUGGCGGGGUUCUCCAAGAGGUGUGCCGGUGCGCCGUCUACGGUGGUGUUGGUUUGUUGAGCCUCUACAAGCAGUGCAGCGUGGUGGCCUUCACAGGAGUCCAACGGCGGUCGGCGGCGGCACGAGUGCAGCUGGCAGACAUCAGCCAACCACCGCCCUCCACCUUCUUUACAACAACAACGGCUGCGUCUCGAGCGGUGCGACCCUGGUCAGUGGAGGAAAACGCCGCCGUAGCGGAGUGGUACGAAGGCUGGUGUGCGUCUGCCUUUGCGAAUGCCAGCGUGCCGCCCUCCACCAUCGCGGCCACCCUCGCCUACGCGGAGUGUCCGUCCACCGUGGCGGCGCUUCACCUUUGCCCGCACGCCGUCAUCGCGGCCUCGUCUGGCGACCCGAAAAUUGCGGGGUCCCACACGCUUUACGUGCUGGACCACCGCCUCCGUCCGCUCUACACCCUCCCAGUGUACCCCCCAAGCAGCAACGCCUACUUGACAGACAUGAUCGCCAUUGCGGCCACCUUCACUGCCUCGAAUGGGGCAGGGAUGAUGGUGCAGCGGUUGCGCGUGAUGCUGCCCGGGGAGAAGAAAGGCGAGGUCCGCCUCCUCACGCUGAAGAAGUCGGUGCUGACCGCGACGGCGUACGACAGCCCAGCUAGCCCCGCGCGCCCGUUCAGCGCACCCGCCGCUGCCUUCAACUCCGGGGAGAGUCACCGACUUGUCGACCGCGUGCUGCACCAAGCUCCCUUGCGUGCCGUGGCCAUCACCGAAGACGGCAGAAGCGGGGUCACCAUGAGCAACCAGGGCAUGCGCCUUCGUUUGGUGGACUUUGUGGGGGACGACAUCAUCAGCGAGCGGCUGAGCCUUGAGCGGGGACGACUGCCCGCUGUAACCGACACCGUGUCGCUCGCCAUUGUUUCCGUGCCCCAGCCCGGUAGUCACCUGCGCUCCGCCGCGGCGGUGGUGAACGGCGGUGGUGGCGCCGCUGAGGGCCAUGAGCGCUGCGGCAGUGACAGCGGUGUCGUCGUCCCCUACGCGGAUUUGCCGAACCGCCAGUAUCAGCUGCUGACGGAGGCCCUGCACGAUAUCGUCGUCUGCCUCACCAGCUCGGGCACGAUGCAUCUCUUCGGCUGUGGGCUGCAGCAGGUGCUGUUUUACUACAGCGACAAGACGUUCCUGCCGCGUGUGGGGUACCCCUACGCCUUCUCGGUGUGCCUGCCGUCGCAGCUCGUGAAGGAAAGUGGGGCGGCGCUGUUCGUGACCCGCAGCGAUGUCGCGACGUCCGCCGCGCGUUUUCUGCCACGGCGAGAGCACCGACAGGCCCAAAGAAGCGGGAAGACGGGCGCGUGGACAGAGAAGGUAGACGAAGUCGCUGCGAGCCCGUUACCCUGUGACCUGUUCGCCUUUCAGCUGCGGUACCCUGUCAGUUUAUCGGCGCGAGACGGACGCGAUGCCGCAAGGAGCAGCGGCGACGGCCCGUGUUGCAGUCUCCUAGUGCGGUGCCCUUUUGCGACGUGA